GUUCUUCUUGUGUUUUGUUCCAACUCAAGUAAAAAAACUACACUGAAGCUGUCAGAUCUGCCUGCUGGAGCAACGUGAGUCCUCCAGUCAGCCACAUGAAAUACUACAAAACUACACACAUACCAAAGGAAAGCUGUAGAUUAGUGGAAGGACGARCCGAGAAACCAACACCAGCAGCAGGACUCCUGGAAACCCUACUCCUCAGGGACWCACAUGAUGGAGAAGCCUGCACUGGACUCAAAUGAGGAGAGGUCCUGGUUGGGAGAGGGUCAGUCUGAAACUCAGCUCUCUGCCGUGUCCGGUCCCGACACAGCCCAGCCGAACGGCGGAGAUCGGCCCGCCUGGGAUUCUAAGAUCCAGUACGUGUUAGCUCAAGUUGGCUUCAGCGUGGGAUUAGGAAAUGUGUGGAGGUUUCCAUACCUUUGCCACCAAAACGGAGGAGGAGCCUUCAUGCUUCUGUAUGUGUUUCUUCUGCUGCUUGUUGGAGUUCCUCUGUUUUUCAUGGAGCUGGCAGCGGGACAAAGUAUUCGACAGGGCAGCAUUGGGGUUUGGAAGCACAUCUCCCCAAAGCUGGUGGGGAUCGGCUACUCCAGCUGCGUGGUUUGUUUUUAUGUGGCUAUUUACUACAAUGUUAUCAUCGCAUGGAGCCUCUUCUACUUGGGUAACUCCUUUCAGUAUCCUCUGCCUUGGCACCAAUGUCCAACGGACGUCACCAUCAAUCAAACYGUGAAGGAGUGUGCGAGAAGCUCCCCCACGCCAUAUUUCUGGUUUCGUAAAGCUCUGGACAUCACCAAUUCCAUAGAGGAAAGUGGAGAAUUUAACCCCAUCAUGACUGGAUGUUUGUUGGCUGCUUGGGCCAUUGUGUCGCUGGCAAUGAUCAAGGGCAUCAAGUCCUCCGCGAAGGUGAUGUACUUUUCUUCAGUGUUUCCCUACGUGGUGCUUUUUAUUUUCCUCAUCAGAGGGCUGUUGUUGGACGGUGCCAUGGAUGGCAUCACAUACAUGUUUUAUCCCAAACUGGAGAUCUGGGGGAGUGUCCAGGUGUGGCGGCAGGCAGCCACACAGGUGUUUUUUGCCCUCGGUCUGGGGUACGGCUCUGUUAUUGCGUAUUCCUCCUACAAUCCGGUGAACAACAACUGUCACCGGGACGCCCUGUUGGUUUCCAGCAUCAACUUUAUGACAUCAGUGCUGGCGUCGCUGGUGGUUUUCAUUGUGCUUGGUUUUCGUGCCAAGACCAUUGCAGUACACUGCAUAGCUGAAAAUCUUGGAGUGUUAAACUCUUUGGCGUCCAAUGGAUCGAGUCAACACUGGUGGCCCUCUUUCAACCUCACAGCUCCGAGCUCCGUGUCUAUACCUGAAUACAGACGGUGGUACGGUGAAUAUGGCUCCAUGCUGGGGUCGAAUAUCACUGACUGCAAUCUGGAGGAGGAGAUGAACAAGGGCGUUGAGGGGACCGGGCUGGCGUUCAUAGCGUUCACUGAGGUCAUGGCCCUCUUCCCAGCCAGCCCCUUCUGGUCCACGCUGUUUUUCCUGAUGCUGCUCAACCUGGGCCUGAGCACCAUGUUUGGGACCAUGCAGGGAAUCCUCACGCCGCUCAUGGACAACUUUAGCCUCCUGGGGCGCCAUCGGACCCUUCUCACUGUGUGCAGCUGUGCUUUGGGGUUUGUGAUCGGGUUACUGUUCACUCAGCGUUCUGGCAACUACUUUGUGACCAUGUUUGAUGACUAUUCUGCAACCCUGCCGUUAGUCAUCGUUGUCAUUUUUGAAACCAUUAGUGUGUCCUGGGUUUACGGCACAGAUCGCUUUCUGGAUGAURUUGAAGUCAUGCUUAAGUGGCGCCCUCCAGUGGUGUACAAGUACCUGUGGAAGUACGUGUGUUUACUGGCAAUGGUCGGUCUUCUGGCUGCCAGUUUGUUACGAAUGGUUUUCAAAUCGCCCACGUACACCGCCUGGAAUCAAACCUCGGCUUCCGAGACGACGCUCGAGUACCCAGGCUGGGCCCUGGUGAUGAUCGUCCUGCUCGUGGUCUUCGCCAGCUUACCGGUACCCGUCGGCUACGUCCAUUCCACGCUGACAAACCGCAGGGCCCUCGACGCUCCGUCCCAGGAGGGGCCCGGCCCCGAGGUGCACCGCCAGUUGUACACCAAGUGCAGCUCCACCGAUCAGCUGGACUCCAGCUGUCGUCAAGCCCCCUCUGAGGGAGACGGGGCUCGCUCCCGGACGGUCUUCCUGCCUGUGGACGGCGAACAGUACCAGCUCCUGUCCCAGCAGGAAGAAGAGGACGAAGAGGAGGAGGAAGACACAAGAGUUUGAGGCUAGAUUCUGGACAAAAAAAAAGAUGAGAACAAAAUCUCAGUGUUAUAGCUUUACAUUCAGCAAACCCAGAUUAGUUUUAUUUGUAUCACUGGUCGCACAUUACCAGUCGACUCUUCUUUGUUGCUUUCUACAUUUAUUUUCUGUAUCACCUCGAUGCUGUUUAGAAAACGAGCUGCUGCGUCAAGUGAGAGCAUACUGCCAUGUUUGACUUCAUGUAGGAGUCAGAACUGAAGAGUAUUUUUUUUCUUUAGGAAAACGCGAAAACAAUCUACCUUGAAAAACUGUGACGGUUCCAUGUUGGUGUGUGUGUGUGUGUGUGUGUGUGUGUGUGUGUGUGUGUGUGUGUGUGUGUGUG